UAUACUCUAGCCUUUGAUUUUCACUUUGAUUUUUGGUUGUAUUUCUAGGCAUUAAAGUAUGAGGUCUUCGGAAAAAACCCUAUUUCGAAAUACCUAUUAUGGUUAUGUAGGUGAAUCAUCUGCUGAAAAUAGUUUUAAGAAUCAUACGAAGCAUAAAUCCGCUUAUGGUUAUAUAGGUGAAUCAUCUAAACAAGGUGAAAAAAGAAAUAGUUUUAAGAAUCAUAUGAAACCUAAAAUUAGUUCUCAAAAGAUCACUCGUAGGAGGACUAGUUUACCUAAAAGUAGUCGAAGUCAGACACAUAAAAGAGCAAGGCAAUUGUCUAGCAGUAGUGAUAUGAUGAUGAUGUUAGGAUGAAAGGGUUUAGUGGCCAAAAACACUUUGUAAAGAAAACGGGUCGAAAAAGGAGAGAGGUGCAUGUUUUGGAAGUUGGUGAUUUUGAGGCCGACCCUGACUAUGUCAUGUAUUUGAAAACAUUAAAUCGGUAUAAUGAAGAAGGGGAUGAUGAUGCUGACGACAAUGAGGAUUGUAUUGAGGAGGAGGAGGAUAGGAAUGAGGGUAUUCAUGUGGACAUCGAUAGGGAAAUGGAGAUGGAUGGUAAUGGGAUUGAUGUGGUGGAUGAUCUGGAUCCUGAGUACAAGAUGUUCUUGGUGAACUUGAGGGAAGAUGGGAAUUCUUAUGUCCUGGAGAUGACGAGUGAGAAGGGGAAAUCUGUCUAUGUAAAUUAUGAAGAGCCAUUAUCUGUUCAGUCCGAAAAAAACGUUCAAAGUGAUGAUUUAGGAGGCAAUAUCAGUCAUGAAGGAAAGAGAGGUUUUGCAACGAAGAAGAUUCGCAAGGAAGGACCUUCAAAUGAUGGUUUGAAGGAGAUGCCAUCGAUGUCCUUACCUCCUAGACCCUCCAAGGGAAAAUCUACGCCAAUUAAUGAUUCCCGUCGCGUGCCACUACCUCCUAAAUGCAUCAAAAGGAACUCUUCGGCGAUUAAUGAUUCUUGUCCAACGCCAGUACAUCCUGAAGGCAUCAAAAGGAACUCUACACCAACUAAUGAUUGUCAUCUAGUCAAAGAAUACUCCAAGAGGAAGUCUACCCUAAUUAAUGACUCUCAUCCAUUUCUUGAUGAAUUCAAGCUUGAAAAGACAUCUACUGUGGAUGAGAGUUACUAUAUGUUUCUUAAGAGUGUUAGAGUACGGGGUAAAGCCAUGUACUUGAUGACUGAUGAAAUGAUUUUAGAGUAUGGAGAAGAGAACAUGGUUACGCUUUCUGUUCCCGAGAAGUCCCCCAAAUAUGGUGUCCUCUAUAGCAAAGAAUUGGAGUUCGGACUGCGUAAACCUCAAAAAUGCCAUGAGUUACUUGCAAGAGUUAUGAUGGAUGAAGAUGAUCAGGAGGAAUAUGCCAAUAAGCUUCUGAAAAUUAUAAACAUGCCAUAUGAUGUAAAGGAGUACAGAGAUAAGUACGACUUAGCAUCUGAACGCCAGCCAGUAAAACGAUGUAGAGACACACGUAGACGAUCUGUAAAGUAUGAAACAGAUGAAAUGGGACGUUCUUAUUUCGAUCACUACUCUGAUCUUAAAGAAAUGGUUGAUCGCGCCAGAGAACAGGGCAAUGCGCGUAGAGCAUUGUUGCUUCUGCGUUGGUUAUUCUUCUAUAACGAGACUGUCGCACAAGAAGGAUCAUUUGUCCCAUGGAGAAAACCCUCAUUUAUGAGACAGAUUUUGGGCCCUGCCUAGGAGAUUACUCCUUGAGAAGUGCAGAUUGCUGUUAGCUUGAGUUGUUGUAAGUAUAAGG